ACGCAUUCCGUGACAACUAAGAUGCUGUACUAACUACUUCCAACAUGACGUCUAGUUAUCGAAGAGACAUGAAUGCUUUGCUCUCAGCGUACCUUCAGUCUAAGUAGCUAAUUUUAUAUUAUGCCAGCGUUUUAGGAUUUCACAGGUCGCCAGUUCGAUUCACAGCCGUUCAGAGUCUCCACUUUCAAGUGUUGGGGAAGAUUAAGAUCUCGUUGACCAUGGGUACAGGCAAGAUUUGCCUUGUGGCUUUUUUGGUUUUAGCUUUGAGUGUGAAUUUUUCGUCGGCGAAGAAGGCAAAGAUCUGUGACAGGGGGUGGGAGUGCAAGGGAGAAUAUUGCUGCAAUAAGACUAUAUCUGAGGUGUUUAAUGUGGAUCAGUUUGAGUCGCUGUUUCCGAAGAGAAAUACGCCUAUUGCUCAUGCUGUGGGUUUCUGGGAUUAUCAUUCCUUCAUUACCGCGGCUGCAUUGUACGAGGGGAUAGGUUUUGGUACCACCGGAGGAAUGUUGUCACAGCAGCAGGAGCUUGCCGCUUUUUUCGGCCACAUUGCAGCUGAAACUACAUGUGGCUAUGGUGUUGCCACUGGUGGCCCAUUGGCUUGGGGCUUAUGCUAUAAAGAAGAAAUGAGCCCAGAUCAAUUCUACUGUGACCAGAGCCUCCUUUACCCAUGUGCUCCUGGGGCCAGUUACCAUGGACGUGGUGCUCUGCCAGUCUACUGGAACUAUAACUAUGGACGGAUCGGUGAAGGAAUUAAAGUUGAUUUGCUUAAUCACCCAGAAUAUUUGGCAGAGAAUGCCACAAUUGCAUUCCAAGCUGCAAUAUGGCAGUGGAUGACACCUACCAAGCCAAAACAGCCUUCAGCUCAUGAUGUGAUGGUGGGUAAAUGGGUUCCUACCAAAAAUGACACUGCCUCAUUCAGGCUUCCUGGUUUUGGAAUGACCAUCAACGUUCUAGAUGGGGGUUUAGAAUGUGGGAAAGGGGAUGUUGAGAAAAUGGACAGAAGAGUUUCACAUUACCUGCAUUUCCUUGAUUUGAUGGGUGUUGGGCAACAGAAUUCUGGUUUAAAUCUUGAUUGUGGCCAGCAGGUUCCUCUUAAUCCUGUCACAGAUUCUACAUCCUCUCGUUAGCUGGAAGUUUACGUGACUAUAUAUCUAAAGUCUAAAACUUUGUUGAUUCUAUUGAUGCUAGGGUAAAUAAAAUGGACGCCUGGCCAUUAUGUUGUAUUGUUUUAGUUCUGUGUUGCACGAUUAGGAAUAUAUGUUCAAUGAUGAAAGAAUGUCAGGGCUUUACCUUACAUUUGCAAGUGUUUGUGAAUAAGGUUUGUUGCCAAUUAUGUAAUAUAUGCCUGCAAUGUUACAGAUACUAUCUGUGCAAAAAUGUACUACCUUGAAUUUAAUGUUGAUCCAUGAUCAACAUAUUUUAUUUGUUAUUUGGUUCUAUUCCUGCAAUUGCAAAGGUCGAAAGAAUGUAUAAACAUAUAAUUCUUUA